AUGUACUCCAAGGCUACCAUCAUCACCUUCUUGGCCGGCCUCGCCGCUGCCCAGAUCCACGCUCCCGUUGGCGAGCCCAGUGGCAACCCCAUCACCCGCCCUUUGAACGAGGUUGUCCCCACCUGCGAGCAGUUCACCAUCACCUGGCAGCCAACUACCCCCAACACGGUCUCUGUCCUCCUCCUCAAGGGCCCCUCCACCAACGUCGUCAAGUUCGGUCCUUCCAUCGCUGAGGGUAUCUCCAACAGCGGUUCCCUCAGCUGGACCCCUGCCUCCACUCUUGAGGCUACCAACGGCCCCAACGGAUACGGUAUCCAGAUCAUCGACGAUGUCACCGGCCAGUACCAGUACUCCACCCAGUUCGGUAUCUCCGCUGGAAAGUGCGAGGAGGCCGUCUCUUCUUCCAUGAUCGAGCCCAGCAGCGUCGCCGCUGCCGCCAGCUCCACUCCCGCUGCCAGCUACGGAAACGGAUACGGUGCUUCAUCUGCCGCCGCCAGCCACACCCCCAUCCCUCUGCCAUCUUCCGUCCACUCCAGCGAGGCUCCUUACCCCACCACCGUCAUGACCUCCGCCAUGGUCCCCGCCUACAGCACUGGUGUCCACGCCAACGGCACCGUCCCCAUGCCCACUGCUGGUGGCAACGCUACCACCUCCAGGCUCCCUGAGGCUACCACCAACGCUGCUUCCGGUGUUCAGGCUGCGCUCAGCUUCGCUGGUGCCGCUGCCGCUUUCGCUUUCAUGCUAUAA